CGUGGUCUCGAUGUCCCGCGGUCUGGUGCGAUGGGUGGCGAGGCGGAGCGUCAUGCACAGGGCAUGGGCGAGGGAGAGGAUACCGAGCGUUCUGCGGAGGAAGGUGUUGCGAGAUAUGGGGAGGGUGCGGGUGCCGCGGAGGAGGACGAGGCGGACGUCGACCUCGAGGUUGGCGUGGCUGAGGGGGAGCGGACACCGAGGGGAGAGGGGGGCGUGCCCAAGUCCGAUCCGAUGGCUCGUCAGAGGACGGUGGACUGGGAGCGGAAGUGCGGGAAGAAGCCCGUGCCGCCUGAGACGGCAUGCACGCCGAGUUCUUCGAAGAGUGCUGUUCCUGAUAGAGCAUGCACGCCGGGUUCUUCGAAGAGGAAGGAGGGGGGUGCACAUCUUUCUGCCACCAAUGCAGGGAAGAGGCUGCGGCAGCAGAAAAUGACGGACACAUAUGGUGCCGAGCUGAUUGGUCAGUGGAGGAAGGCAUUUUUUCGCUGGGUGUAUUCCAGUGGGAUUGCCUUCAAUGCCUUCCGCAACACGCUAGACCGGGACCUCCAGCAGGUUGCUCUUCCGCAACCUGGUGGAACACCUCUUCACGUGCUUCCAUCCCACAACGAGAUCGCAAGCAUGCGAGUUGUGGAGAUCCACCGCAAGGAGUUGGAGGAGGUGAGGCAUCCAUUAUGGGUGAGUGGCGCCACCCUCCUCUCUGACGGGAGGAACUCACGAGACGGGCGACCGAUCGUGAACUUCCUCGCAGUUGGGUCUCGAGGGGUCGUCAUGUACACGACGAUCAACCGAGAGGGGGAGCCUGACGAUGCGGUGCACGUCCUGCAGAGAUGGGUUGCCAUCUUUCACGGUUUCAGAUUCGGUGGCCCACAGCGGGUCAAUGCUAUAUGCACUGACUCCACCUCUGCAUACGUGGGGGCUGCGAGGGCUUUGACCUCGCCAUCUAUGCCCCCUGAGCUGAGGAGGAUCACUUGGCUCCCGUGCUGCGUCCAUGUCUGCAACAAGUUGUUGUCAGACAUUUGCACGAUCUGCACCUCUUUCGUGGACACAAUUACGCGUGCCCGAGUUCUGGUGGUGUUUUUCAAAACCCACCAGGCGGCUCUCAACUUCUUUCGGAAGCAAAGCGAGGCGUUGGGGCUCGUGCUUUCAUGCGAGACGCGCUUUGCGUCCGUGUACUCCAUGUUGGAGAGGCUGCUAGCUCUGCAGGAUCGUUUGCAGGGCAUGAUGACAGCGGAGGACGGUCGGGCUUGGACUAGGAUCCCGUGGUCCCCCGACGUCCGCGACAUGGCGCGUUGGGUGCGCCGACAUAUCAGGUGGUCCUCUUGGUGGGAGAGGAUGCGUGCCAUCAAGCACGUCAUGGAUCUUGUCAUGGACUUGCUGAGGCGGAUGGACCGUGGCGAGCAGUUCAUGUCCCUCGUUGUAGAGUGGACUUGGGAUCUUGCACGCCUUGUGCGGGAUGCUUGCAUCCCUCUUGGUUGUGGAUACGUCCUCCCUUGGCAGCGAGACGAGGGCAUGCUUGACGCUCAAGCGGGAUUGGACGUGGAACCUGUGCGCUCGAGGACGAGGAGUGGGAUGGCGGAGGAGGAGAUCGAGGAGCAGGCUGCCCUCAUGACGCGCAAUCCCAUUGGGUCUUCUGCGCCGCCCCCUGUUGAGUCUGGUUUUGGUGCUCGUGCGACUAUCUUCCGCCCAUACCCCAAGGACGAUGACUCUAGGGACGAGAUGGAGCCGGAAGCAGCAGACGACCCCAUGCUUCCCGUCCCGCGUGAGAUUGACGAGUUGCACGAGGAGGGCGACGUGGGUGACGAGAGGAUGCACACCGCGCGGGGGGCGACAGAGCAGGGAGACAUAAAUAUGAUGGGGGGCGAGGAACUCUGGGGAUCUUUUGGGGCCACGGAGGAGAGAUCACCCACUACCGGGCGGGCGUAUACGUACGCUUGCUCCCACGACCACGCAGGAGCAGACGAGUUCUCCCGUGACGCAAUCCGGACCCCCGUCGCUCCAACCGGUCCCGUUCGGCAUGACGAGCGCUCACCUGCACCGGUUGGGAGGGAGGACUUGGGAUCCUCGUUGCGCAUGCGCGGGAAUGGAUCAUUGUUUAGCGUAGCCCGUCAGCUCCUUUUGGACCCGCAUGCAUCGAGGGACUUGGGGGAGGUGGGUGUUCAUAGCGGGCCACCACCGGUGGAGGAGAGGGAGAGACGAGCGGAGGAGCACGGAGCUGCCGGAGCGGGCGGAGUUGAGGGUAUUUGGGGUAUGGAGGAGAAGGUAGCUGGAGCAGUGGGGGGCGUGGUGGAGGUAGAUGAUGGACCAGGUGCGCACGUGGAGAGAGAGGAGGUCAUGGCGAGGGUGCAUGAUGGUGAGCAGGUUGAGAGAGUGGAGGGCGUGUUGCCGUCAGAGGUUGAGAGAGAGGACGACGUGGUGACGACGCAGGUUGAGAAAGAGGAGGGCGUGGCAGGGGUAGAUGAUGGUGAUGCCCAKGUUGAGAUGGAGGAGGACGUGGUGAGGGCAGAUGCUGCUGCGUUGGUUGGGGGAGAGGAGGGUGUGGUAGGGGGGGACKUCGCCCAUGGUAGAGGAGAGGGAGGCAACGACCUUGACCCGAUCGUCCUGCGUUUCGUCGAUGACGAGAUGGGUCCCGCACUAGCAGGACGCUCCGGGAGAGAGACAGACACGCUUCAGCAGGGGUGCGAGGAGGUAGGAGAGCAGCCACAGGAGGAGCGUGAGGAUGCACCCUCUGCAGAUAUCCCCGGAGGUAGCAGUUCGUUGGUACGGUUCACGGGCCUGCAGAUGACGACGACGACGCAUCCAGUUCGAUCGUGUGUGCAGGGKUCAGGUCCUGGGGAGGUGGCAUCUGUUCAGGCACCACCGCUCAUAGUCGUGGAUUUAGGAUUUGAGCCAUCGCUUCAUACACCGGUUACUGGGCGGCGAGCUCCUCAGGAUACAGCUCGCCCAUUGGAUUUGGCAGAGCUSGCACGGGCUGCURUGCGUGACGUGACACGGCAGGAGGACACCGACCGUAGCAGACCACUCAUGCCRCCUCCUCCUCCGAGAUCACGUCACAGGGAUUCCCCCUCGAUACCAGUCGGUCGGCCCCCCCGCUCACCAUCCAUGCCCACCAGACCCUGGGUUCGUUACACGACGGUCGUAGGGAGCCUCCCUCUUGACACGUCGCUAUUCRGGAGGACGGAUAUYGACCUGGAMUCCAUGCGUCGGGUCACAGUGCACACUGCACGACAACAACCAGGUUUGCGUGGGGCUGACAUCGGGAGGGGUGCAUCGAGGGAGGUCAUGGCGGCAGUAUCUCAGCCGCGAUAUGUUCGUGGGGGUGGAAAGGUCGGGUCUACCUUGCAGSCGGCUUUGGCAGCAGCAGCACGUGCUGUGCGUGAGCAGACUUYGCGCAGGAGCGAAGUAGCUCGUCCGCGUCCCAUGCCUGCCGCGGGAGGUGCCGCAUUGGAGGAGUCUUCUGGAGCCGAGGGGUUGGGGAUGCCGCGCGGUUCACGUCGUGAGAAGACAGUCGCAAAGGUGACUCAGGUGAGUGCUAGGCUUGUUCGGGUGAGGACGGAGGCUGACCCUGUGACCGUGGUGGAGGACGAUCCCGAGACGGAGCUUGCACGUGAGGAGGCCCCACAGGAGGAUGACGAGUACAGGGACGACGAGGAACGUGAGGAGGAGGAGAGCGACAGCGGGGAUGACGACAACUACCACAACGACGACGAACCCUCCCCUCCACCACGACAUGGUUCUCGUAGACGACGUGGCUCUCGUAUGACGUUGACGACCCGUCCCGUCCAGGGCGGCGGGAGGCGAGGAGUCGGAGGAGGUGAGGGUCAUCCGUUGCGAUAGCGCCGGGGCGAGGGAGUGUUUCAUCGACACGC